AUUUGAUAAUAUUAUUUUUAAAAUUAUUUGAUCCCCCAUUAACAAUUUACUCCAUUUUUACAAUCUAGUUAUAAAUACACAUAUACCCUCUUUUUUAUUUGUCAAGCUAAGAAGAAAAGAAAACAAAAUUAAGGAAAAAAAUAAAUGAGAACUGUGAGUACCUUUAUUGCUAAUCCGUCGACAAUGGAACCAGUAAAAUCAACCGUAAAAACUACAUUUUUGCCGGCGGAGAGUUUCCAGAGAUCGGCGUGGCAUUCUCCGGCGCCGUACUUAUUCGCCGGUCUCGCAGCGAUGCUAGGGUUAAUAGCUUUUGCACUUGUAAUUUUAGCUUGUUCUUACUGGAAACGUUCCGGGGAGACUAGAAACGACAGCGAUGAUCCUGAAUCCUGCGCCGGCGAGAAAUCUGGCGGAGAUUUAUUUAAGGUUGUGCCGAUUUUUGAAGAGAAAAUUGUAGUGAUAAUGGCUGGAGAUUUGAAUCCAACUUUUUUGGCUACGCCAAUUUCGAGCAAAAGUUGUUCGUUUGGAGAUGAAAAUGGAAAAUUUGAGAAGAAAUUGGAUGUGGAGAGUGGAGAAUCAGCUGAUGAGAAGCUAAAAGAUCAAGUAAUUAUGGACCAAAAUCAUGAAUAAAACCACUGAGCUCAAAUCCUUUGGCCGUAGUUGUUUUCCUCUUUAUAUUUAAAAAUCCUACUUUUUGUUUGGAUUUUCAAUUUUGGCAUUUGGGAGAUUGUAAUUUUUGUUUGAGAUAUAAAAAAAAAUUGGAACAAAAAGUUUAAAUUUUA